GCAUAUGUCUGUCGCUUUUGACAGUGACAACUGCAACUUUUAGCUUUUGUUGCUUUUAAUUUUUUUUGUAAAUUCGAUAAAAGUUUUUAAUUGUUUAAACUGAAAUGGCAGGCGUAAAUGAUCUGUUUACUUUAGGGAGUGUUGUGUGGUGCAGGACCUGUUAUAACACGGAAGUGGAGGGCGAAGUCAUGGCCUUCGAACCCCUUAAUAAAAUGCUGAUUUUGAAAUGUGCCUCCACAAAUGGCGACUCCAAAUUAAAUGAUGUACAGUUUAUAAACCUUUCCUUUGUCAGCGAGUUACAAGUUAAAAAAGAAGGAGCCCCUUAUUAUGAUCUACCAAACAACCUAAAUUUGCAAAGGCUAAACACAAGAAUAAGAAAUCAAGUAGAAGAGAAAAAGAGGAUGAUCCAAGCCAUCUCAGCAAAUGUCUCUACUGAAGGACAAACCUUAUUUAUAGCACUUUCCAAAAUGAUUGUGGGGCAAGUGCGAUGGAGGAACUCUGAUAUUAGUGUUUGGAAUCAAGAAGUGACCAUUAGUCCUCCCUAUCAAUUAGCAAAUGUAAGAGGAAAUGCAAAUAGUCGAGAAUUUAAAUACAUUUUAAAAUUGGUUGAAAAACAUUUGCAAGAUCUGAGCUUGACCACUCAAGAACAGAGCAGGUCGCCGCAAUAAUUUUUAGGAUAUGAAAAAUGUAAAAGGUAAUUUCACUAAAGGCAAACCAGCCAAUGUGUCUUUUUCCCAUUUCACUUUCAAAUCCUUGAGAUGAACUUGUCCGGUUUGCCUUUUUGUAUAAUUGAACAAAACAGUCCGUGUGAAAAUUGGCUUAGAACAAAGGUUCACCAUCCAUGUCUCUAGGAAUUCUCACAUGCCUCCUGUUUUAUCUAUAGAUUUUCAUUGUUAUUCUUUUUUCUGAUUUUGAACUAAACUGAUUAGCUCAAAAACAUUCCAUAUUAUCUUAUUUUAUUCAGUUUUUGAAUGGUUCAUACUUUUUUGAUCAUAUCACUGAAUUUACAUUGUGACCGAAAAUGUAUAGUUUAUGUAAUAUUGGCCCUUUGUAAUUUUAAGUAAAUUUUUUUUCUAAUUGUUAAGCCUCAAUAGUUUUAUAUAAUAUAUGAAUCAUUUUAGUUCAUCAUCAUUGGUCAUUUUAUUGAUUUUUGUUAAAUAAAUUAGGAUCUAUAGUAAGGUAUUUAUUUUAUACUAAAUAAAUUGAUUUUUUCCCUUUA